UAGCGAUUAAGAAAUAAACAGGGUGGAGCUUUAUUCUAUAUAAAGCUGCACACUUUAUGAUAGACACAGAGACAUCUCCAGGACUAAAACAGGAUCAAAAAGAAUGAGGGUGUUACUCGCUGUCGCCGCUCUUGUGGUCGUGGCCGGUGCUGCCUGUGUCUCAGUGGAGGACCUGGAGUUCAACAGCUGGAAACUGCAGCAUGGUAGGAGUUAUGAUUCUGAGGAAGAAGAGUCUCAGCGUAAGAUGAUCUGGCUGAACAAUCGUAAGCUGGUCCUGGAGCACAACAUGCUGGCUGACCAGGGCAUCAAAAGCUACAGACUCGGCAUGAACAUCUUUGCAGACAUGGAAAACCAGGAGUUCCAGGCCAUGUUCAGCAACUGUGUGGAAUCCUUCAAUGACACUGAAACUGAUUCCCUCCAUACCACUACAUUCGUCUCGGAGGAAGAGGAUGCUCCACUGCCCCGCAGAGUGGACUGGAGACAGAAGGGCUACGUCACGGACGUCAAGAACCAGAGGAAAUGUGGCUCCUGCUGGGCCUUCAGUGCGACAGGGGCGCUAGAGGGUCAGAUGUUCCGAAAGACUGGAAAGCUGAUAUCCCUGAGUGAGAAACAGCUGGUUGACUGCUCUCAGAAAUUUGGAAACCGUGGCUGUAAAGGUGGUUUGGCAAUCCGAGCCUUUAAGUACAUAAAGUCUAGCAAAGGCCUGGAGGCAGAUUUUACCUAUCCGUACAAGGCCAAGGAAGAAACAUGCCGGUUUAAUCCACAGAGAGUUAUCGCUACCUGCAGCGGUUACGGGCAUUUGCCAAAAGGGAACGAGACUGCCCUGGAAAAGGCAGUGGCCACAAUCGGACCCAUUUCAGUAUCCAUAGACACCUCCAAACACACCUUCCAGCUCUACAAGUCAGGCGUGUAUGAUGAACCAGGCUGCAGUAGCGCUAAGCUGAACCACGCUGUCCUGCUUGUUGGUUAUGACAAUGACCCAAAAGGAAACCCAUACUGGCUGGUCAAGAACAGUUGGGGGAUUCGCUGGGGUGAUAACGGCUACAUAAAGAUGUCCCGGAACAAGAUGAAUCAGUGUGGCAUUGCCACAAGACCCGUCUACCCUCUGGUUUAAAGAUUGGAGAAAAGGCCAAACUCUGAUGAACAUCUCUGGGAGGAGGCUUCAGUCUUAUACAUAUAUAUUUUCAGGUUUAUAAAAAAAAUCUGCAAUAAUGUCUUUUUUUCAGCUUUUAUGUUUAUUUCUUUCUCUGAUCAACUGUUGAGUAGAAAGCAGCAUCAUUAACUAGACCACCAGAGACCACCAUCUGCUCUCUGAAAGGAAACAUAAAGCUGUGUUAUUUUCCACUUUAAAAAAUAAUAAACUUUCAGCAUUCACAAAAUGUA